AUUUCUUUCCACAUAAGAAUGGCGCCGUUGAGUUGGGAACAGCUGGAUAAGGGUGCUUAUUUUCUGAAAUAACGAGUCGAAUCAGUUUUUAUCACUCUCAAAACAAGCACAAUGUCUAGGCAUAGGCAUGUGCGUGGCAUGAACUUUCAUGACGAGUGUGAGCAUGAAGAUGACAUAUAUGGUCAUUCUAUUGAAGAUGACUACUGUAUUUCACCUGGCACAGCUGCCCAGUUUACAUUUGACCGCAACCAAGGCCAUUCACUGUCAGCCUUCAUGUCACAAGAUGAUAUUCCUGAAGAAGAGGAAGGAAGUGAGAGUGACAGUCCAGAUCCCUUAAAUGAUUCCAGAAACUACAGGAGGCCCCUUCUAAAUGAUGUAGAUGAAGCUCGUUUGAAUUCUUGCCUUGAUGGUAUAAGAGAUGUGAUGGGUGAAGCCUUUCCAGAGCAUGUGCUUGUGGAAGCUGUUCUCAGCAAUGGAUUCAAUAUAGAGAAAGCUCUGAAUGCACUCCUUACAAAGCAGUCAAGUCCAGUUAAAGAAAAACCUCCAGAGAUUGCUCAAGAGCAGAGAAAAUUUCGAGAUGAUAUUGUUAAAGAAAAGCAGAAGGGAGCAUUUGGAAAGCAGAAGUUGACAGACAGAACCAAUCUCAAUACAGAGUUCAAAUUAGACAAACCACCUGCUGGAGAUGAUUGGCAUCAGAAAAAUAUCCAGGUCAAGGACAAUGAAAUUGAGGUCAAGGCCAAUGAUCUGGCCAAUGGAUCUGAAGGAGUGAGGAUGACAUUUUCUAAGACAGCAACACCGGCAAAGGGUUUCACUCUAAAAGACAAUGACAAAAAAGCAGGUUUAGGUUUAGCUGGAGGCGACUCUGACAAUGUGGAUAGUGACAAGGAAGAGAAAGUAAGAAAUGCCAAUGUUGAGGCAUCGCCACUGAGGGGCAGCAAGGCAGUUGAUGGGGCUUGUGCAACUCCUGGAAUUACUAGGAGUGUUUCCAGGACCAAACAGGAUAAAGUUGAUGUCCAAAAAGAGAUAGAGAAAAGAAAAACAGGAAAGGAAUUGCUAAAUUUGGUUGUCAUUGGUCAUGUGGAUGCAGGCAAAAGCACUCUGAUGGGUCAUCUUCUGUAUCAACUUGGUUUUGUGAACAAGAAACUUAUGCACAAGUAUGAACAGGAUUCAAAGAAGAUAGGCAAAGCAUCGUUUGCAUAUGCUUGGGUCCUUGAUGAAACAGAGGAAGAGAGGAGCCGUGGUGUCACAAUGGAUAUAGCUCAAACCAGAUUUGAGACUGACAACAGGAUAGUUACCCUGCUAGAUGCACCAGGACAUAAAGAUUUUAUUCCCAAUAUGAUAACAGGUGCUGCUCAAGCUGAUGUAGCAAUUAUGGUUGUGAAUGCCACCAAAGGAGAGUUUGAAACUGGCUUUGAAGCUGGUGGUCAAACCAGAGAACAUGCCCUUUUAGUCAGGUCUUUAGGCGUAUCGCAGCUUGCUGUAGUGGUCAACAAAAUGGACACAAUUGAAUGGUCAAGGAAAAGAUUUGAUGAAGUAACCCAGAAGAUGAAACAAUUUCUGAAACAGGCAGGGUUUAAAGAGGCUGAAUUGAGCUUUAUUCCCUGCAGUGGUCUUGGAGGUGAAAACCUAACCAGGGUAACAGAGGCUAAGCUCCAGGAAUGGUACAAGGGUCCCACAUUAUUAGAACAGAUAGGGAAAAUGAGCCGUGGUGUCACAAUGGAUAUAGCUCAAACCAGAUUUGAGACUGACAACAGGAUAGUUACCCUGCUAGAUGCACCAGGACAUAAAGAUUUUAUUCCCAAUAUGAUAACAGGUGCUGCUCAAGCUGAUGUAGCAAUUAUGGUUGUGAAUGCCACCAAAGGAGAGUUUGAAACUGGCUUUGAAGCUGGUGGUCAAACCAGAGAACAUGCCCUUUUAGUCAGGUCUUUAGGCGUAUCGCAGCUUGCUGUAGUGGUCAACAAGAUGGACACAAUUGAAUGGUCAAGGAAAAGAUUUGAUGAAGUAACCCAGAAGAUGAAACAAUUUCUGAAACAGGCAGGGUUUAAAGAGGCUGAAUUGAGCUUUAUUCCCUGCAGCGGUCUUGGAGGUGAAAACCUAACCAGGGUAACAGAGGCUAAGCUCCAGGAAUGGUACAAGGGUCCCACAUUAUUAGAACAGAUAGAUAAAUUCAAAGCCCCAGAGCGCCUGGUAAACAAACCAUUUAGGAUGUGUGUUUCCGAUGUGUUCAAAGGGAUGGGGAGUGGGUUCUCCAUCAGUGGUCGUCUGGAGGCUGGUAGUGUGCAGGCGGGAGACAAGGUGGUUGUAAUGCCAGCAGGAGAAACUGCCACUGUAAAAAGUGUGACCAUUGAUGAAGUGCUAUGUCCCUGUGCCUUAGCUGGUGACAAUGCUAUUGUCACUGUUACUGGGAUUGAUAUGUCCAAUGUGCACAUAGGGAGUAUCCUUUGUGACCCCGCCAACCCAAUUAAGUCAGCAACAAGAAUAAAAGCGAGAGUGGUCAUCUUUAACAUUGAAGUGCCAAUAACUAAAGGUUUUCCGGUUGUUCUCCACUACCAAACUUUGAAUGAGCCUGCCACCAUCAGAAAACUGAUUAGUCAAUUACACAAAUCAACAGGGGAGGUUGUUAAGAAAAAACCAAGGUGCUUAACUAAGAACAUGAAUGCCGUGAUUGAGAUAGAAGUGGGACGGCCAAUAUGCAUAGAAAUGUUCAGAGAUUACAAAGAUCUGGGUAGAUUUAUGCUACGUUACAGCGGCAUGACCAUAGCUGCUGGUCUAGUCACAGAAAUCAUUGAGAGCAAAGCAAAUAUGGGUUAGAGCCAUGACCAUUUUAAAUGGACACUCCAUGGACAGGGGGCAGAGGCUACAUAUAGAAGAUAGCAACGUUGACUUUUAUCCCAGCAUAAGCUCGAUAAAAAGAAAUCUUAGAUACUGAAUUCAAGGAUUAGGUGCAAUACUCCAGAAGGUCUAGAUUGCACCAAGUUUUAACAGAGACAAAUAUUUACUGUUUUUAGAUGAUUUCUUCAUUUUGAUGUGAAACAGCGAAUUGGGGAACUUAAAAAUAAAUGUGAUUGUUAACAAAA